CGAACCAUCAAAAUAUUUGUGUUUAGUGGUUAUGUUUAUCGCUUGUAGGGUUAGAUGUUAUAAAAUAUAAUUAAAAUGGGUGAUAUGUUAAAAGAAUUGCGCGAAAAAUCACGUAAAAGGAAACAAUUGUUGGCACAAACACUUGGCGUAUCCGGCGCGGAAGAGUUGCGACAAGCGUUGGGCACAACAGAAACCCCUGUAAAAAAAGUGGACAGCAGAGAUAGUGUAGGGUUUCAAGAAUGCGAUAAAUUUUGCUUUAAAAAAGAUUUAAAUGAUGAACUGGUGUACAGGGAUUCUUCAACAUUUUUAAAGGGUACUCAGUCUUCUAAUCCGCACAAUGACUACUGUCAACACUUUGUGGAUACUGGCCAAAGACCUCAAAAUUUUAUCAGAGAUGUUGGACUAGCUGACAGAUUUGAAGAGUAUCCAAAGUUACGCGAAUUAAUUAGACUGAAAGACGAAUUGAUUCAGCAGACGGCAACUCCCCCUAUGUAUUUAAAAUGUGAUUUAGCAACUUAUGAUCUCAAAACUUUAAAUUGUAAGUUUGAUGUGAUACUGAUCGAGCCUCCAUUAGAAGAAUAUCAAAGGACUAUGGGGGCUACCAACAUGCAGUUCUGGUCCUGGGAUCAGAUUAUGAACCUAGACGUUGGGGAGGUAGCUGCCCAAAGAAGUUUUGUCUUUUUAUGGUGUGGAAGUUCUGAGGGACUUGACAUGGGAAGAGUUUGUUUAAGAAAAUGGGGAUUUAGAAGGUGUGAAGAUAUAUGUUGGAUUAGGACAAAUAUAAAAAAUCCGGGACCUUCAAAAAUUCUAGACCCAAAGGCCGUUUUUCAACGGACUAAGGAACAUUGCCUUAUGGGUAUAAAGGGAACUGUCAGAAGAUCAACGGAUGGGGAUUUUAUUCAUGCUAAUGUGGAUAUAGACUUAAUUAUAUCUGAAGAGAAUGAGUAUGGAAGUUUGGAAAAACCAGUGGAAAUUUUUCAUAUCAUAGAACAUUUUUGUUUAGGCCGUCGUAGACUACAUAUUUUUGGUAGGGAUAGUACUAUACGGCCAGGUUGGCUAACGGUUGGUCCUGAGCUCACCAAUUCCAAUUUCAACACAGAUCUUUAUGGAAGUUAUUUCAACAAUAAUAACACUACUACGGGAUGUACAGAGCGCAUCGAAGCUCUCAGGCCUAAAAGUCCACCGCCAAAAGGAAAAGGAAAUGCGGGGGGACGAGGUAGAGGAAAUUUCCAACGCGGCAGAGGGAGAGCAAGAUAAUUUUUUAAUAACUGAGAAUACAAUAAUAUUUAAA